AUGAGACGAAUGGAUCCAGUCCCGGGCAGCCCUGGCGCCGCGCCCGAGGCUCAGCAACCAGCCAGCAGCGCCAGCAGCCUGCCACGGCAGUGCCUUUCCAACAGAGGCACCCAAGACACCUCGCCCUCAACCCCUCUGCUCCCACCUGCAGCCGUGGUGCCCCCAAGCCUGCCGCCACCGGAAACGUUGCUGGCGGCGGCAGCAGGUGCAGUGGGGCAGCAGCAGGCGGCACAGCAGCAGCAUGCGGCGCCGGCGGCAGCUGUUGGAGCCGGCGCGGCAGCUGUGGCUGCUGCCGCAGCCCUCCCCGCCCGUGGUCCGCUGCCCACCUCCAGCCCUCCCUCCCUCGACUGGGUGCUGGCAGCAGCGGAGCGGCACGCGCAGGAGCAGCAGCAGCAGGGCCUGACAGAGUCUCAGGACGAGUGGCGGCCCGCCAGCCUGGCACCGCAUGCCAGCGGCCCCCUCUACUCUGAUGGCGACGACGUGCACAUCCCGGAGCAGCCGCUGCCGCCCGACGCUGCCCACAGCUCGGGCCUGGGCAGCUGGCAGGCGGACGAGCGGUACUGGGGGCGCCAGUUGGCGCGCCAGGCGGCGCGGCAUGUGCAGCAGGUGCAGCAUGCGGCCUGGCGGGCUGCGCAGCAGGAGCAGCAGGCGGGGCUGGAGCCGUUGCCCAUGUCGCAGCAGGAAACUGUGGAGCAGCCCCCAAUGCAGGCCCUGGCGCCGCCGCCGCAAGCGCUGCUGGCGCAAAGCCAGCAGCAGCAGCAGGCUGGGCCCUCCGCGCCGCCAGCUGCACCCCAGCCAGCAGUCUCGCCGGCAACGGCGCCGCCGGCCCAGCCGCUGCAGCUGACUCCCGAGCAGCGGCAGCGCGCAGAGACCAAUCGCCAGCGUGCGCUCGCCAUACGAGCAGCCCGCCAGCAGCAGGCGCAGGCGCAGGCGCCGCAGGCAGCAGACGCAGCAGCUGCUGCUGCUGGGACCCACGGACUUGCACAGCAGCAGCAGCAGCAGCAGCGGCGGCAUCAUCAUCAGCAGCAAGCGCUGUGGCAGUCGGCACAACCUGUGUCGCCCAUCAGCCAGGUCCAGCUGACGCCCGAGCAGCGGCAGCGCGCAGAGGCCAACCGACAGCGCGCCCUGGCCAUACGAGCAGCCAGGCAGCAGCAGGCAGAAGCGGCGGCGGCGGCGGCCGGCCAGCCGCUGCGUGCAAGCCAGCACGGCGUCCUUCCCUCCGAGCAGCAGCAGCAGCAGCAGCAGCAGCAGCAGGUCCCUGGGCAGUGGCGGCUUGUGGGCUCCCAGCCAUCCUUCCCGCCUGGGCCGCAGCAGGGCUCUCAGCCCACCUCCCAGCCACUGCAGCUGACGCCCGAGCAGCGGCAGCGCGCAGAGGCCAACCGCCAGCGUGCGCUGGCCAUCCGAGCGGCCCGGCAGCAGCAGACGCAGGCGCCGGGGCCUGGGCCAGUAGGCACUCCACCCCGCCCCUCGGCCGCCCUCUCGUAUCCUCCGUCGCCACAGCAGCAGGCGGCGGGCCAUGCGGCGGCUGCGGGAGACCACACGCCGCCGCAGUCGCUCCUGGUCGCAAGGGGUCGCCCAGGCGCGGCGAUGGGCGCACCAGACAGGAAGGAGGCAGACCGCCUUCGGACCCCAGUGGCUGCCGCAGGCGGCAUGGUCAGCCCUCUGGUGCAGCGAGCGCUCGACUUUGGAGCUGCCAUCCCACCCCCGCCCCAUCUGCACUCGCCGCCGCAGCACAGGCAGCAGCAGCAGCAGCAGCGCAAGCGGCAGCGGGAGGAAGCCCCAUCUGGCCAGCAGCAGCAGCAGCAGCAGCUCCAGGGUGCCACCCAGCCAGCAGCAGCUGCAGCGCACUUCCAGCCGUCACCAGCAGCGGAUGCCACCACCGAGCCUCUCAGCGGCGUGGGCGCUUUGACGGCAGCAGGACCUGCGCACGAAAGCGCCGUCGCAGAUGACGCCAGCUCGCAGCCUCGCGCGGGCGCCAGCCGCUAA